AUGAUUAUAUAUUCAUAUUGUUUGCAAAUUGUUCACAUCAUGUCAUUCAUUUCAACAUUUAUAUUGAAGCAUAUCACAUCAUGUGCAUGCGUAAGAGAUCAUGCGUAAUUGCGUCUCUUAUAGCGUGAUUGUGCGGGACUUAGUAGUCCGACAUCAAACGUUCGGGCUUAGUGUACGUACAUGGUAUUCAGAAUGAGUCAGGACACGACUCACGGUCAGGCAAACCCUCACAUGGAGCCUGAGCACGUUAGUGUGCAUACGGUGCACACUGAAGCAUCAAGUUACGUGCCCCAGCAGCCGCAGCCUCUGCUAGAACCUCAGCCCGUUCUGGAGCAGUUCGCGGGUCAGAACCCGAAUUUAGCCAUUCCGAUGUUCCAACCACAAAUGGUUGCGAACAUGUUCCAGUUCUUCCAGCAGAUGGUUGGAGCGCACGUACCACCACCACCUCCUCCUCCUGCACCCAUUGUCUCGAUUGAAAAACUCAAGAGGAAUGGGGCGCAGGAAUUCUGUGGCGACCAGAUAGCGGACCAUCAAAUAGCCAAGCAUUGGCAAGAACGCACGGUGAGGGUACUCGAGAAUUUGAAGAUACCUAUCGAGGAUUGGGGACAGCACGCCAUAUCCCUAUUGCAAGAUGCCGCCUAUGAUUGGUGGAAAAGAGUGGGCGCCAACAAUCCCGUUCCAGUACCAUGGACUACCUUCGAGCCACUCUUCAGAGCAGAGUAUGUGCUCGAUCACUAUUUUGACGGAUUGGACGAGUUUGGUAAAGACUUGGUCAACACCACGGAGAAGCGCUGCAAGAAGUUCAUCAAGGGUAUGAGACUAGACCUGUCGUCAACACACAUAAUUGCUCCCCGAGCCGACAUCAACGAUGUCUAUAAGAAAGCUCUUGAGCUGAACGAGGAACUCAUCAGGAAAGCUGCGUAUGAACAGACACUACUGGUAGAAAGUCGGGCUGUCCAUUCAGGCCUGAAAAUGGGGCAUGGGAGCAAGAGGACUUUCUCCGCACCAAGCAACUCUCGCCAUGAUAAGCGAGCGAAAUCUACUCCCUCUACAUCUGUGGCCGUCACUAGUAAGAGCUGGAAGGGGAAGAUGACAUACCGUAAUCCAGUCACUUCCGGAACGAUUGCCCGACGAACCCAGGAAAGGCUUUCUCCACGGCACCAGGCACGCCGACUGCUCCUACUUUCCGAAGGGCUGAGCCUACCUAGAGUCAUCGUUCUACGGCCGCGCCCAACCAACCAAAGAAGCCAGCAACUAGUCAACAGCAGGGACGAGCACCAGCUCGUACAUAUGCCAUGCAAGGGCGUAGAGAUCCGCAGGCUGAUGAUGUCAUCAUGGCUGUCGAAACACCAGGCUAUUGUUGAGUGCAAGGAACGAGUUGUGAAACUUCGUACAGAUGAUGGUAACGAAGUAAUCAUUCGGGGAGAACUUCUCCCAAAGGCCCCAGAAUUCAUCUCUUUUAUGCAAGCAAAACGGCUCAUUCGCAGGAAAUGCAAAGCAUUCUUGUGCACUGUUAAGGAUAUACGGAAGGAAACAGCUAACCAUAAGGACAUAUCUGUGGUUUGUGAUUUUCCUGAUGUAUUCCCUGAGGAACUUCCAGGAACUUCUCGAACUUUUCCUUACACCAUAAAAUUCAUUGGUCUACUUGGUAGUCAUGCUCUUGGUAGAAAUCCAAAGUUCAUGGCUACGGCAGUAGAUUUAGGAAUGGAAUUGGUAAGACGAAAAAUUAGACUUACAUAUGGAGGAGGCAACGUUGGCCUUCAAGGAGCUAUUGCUUCAACGGUCUAUACUAAUGGUGGUAUAGCUAGAGGCUUCAUACCAGGGUACAUAGCAGCACGACAGGUCUACGGACCUACGUAUGGUGCAGAAUACACAGUUUCAAGCAAUUACUAUAAGCAUUUCGAGAUUAAUCAUGUAGUGGAGGCCUUCAUCGUACUUCCUGGAGGGAUUGAUACUAUGGAAGGUUUGUUCACUUUGAUCUCAUGGGAAUCUGAAGGGUUGCACAGUAAACCCAUUGGUCUCUUGAAUAUUGACGGUUAUUUUAAUAACCUAAUCAAAUUUCUAGAUGACGCAGUGAGGCAGAACUUCAUGGCUUCUAGUCAGUGAAAACUUUUCAUCUCUUCUUUCUUUAUUGAUGAGCUUUUAGACAAGCUAGCGUUUGCUAAAGCUUUUCCGGGUCCUGGGGCUAGCUAUAACGAGUUUGUAAAUCCUGGGGCAUUGGACUUAGACUUGCAUUUGUAAUAUUAGUUUAUGUAAUUUCAGUUGAAUUUAUGUUGAAAUAAUAUUGUCCAUGAACAUUACGAGUUAACCAUAAAUAUUAUUCUAAGCU